UGAUGGAUUUAAACAUUUCAACUUAUUUUACAUCCUGUUUUAAUAUUAUAAUGGCAUUGACAUUAAGUAAAUGUGAAAACAUUUGACUGAGCAGGUUAUAUUAGCAGCAAUUUAGAUUCAUAUAAUAUAAUUGGUUUUUGAGAAUGAAUGUAUACAUUCUAAUUUAUUUUAAAUCCUGUUUGUAAUAAUUUAAAUUCAUGUAAUGUAAUUUGCUGUUGUAUAUGAACAUGUUUCAGCACCCAUCUAAGGUAAGGUUAUUGUAGAAAUUUAUUCAAGGAGGGUAUUGACCAUGGUAAAAGGUGAAUGUCAUAAACAUUUGGCUGGGAUAGGUUAUGUUAGCGUCAAUUUAAAGUCAUGUAAUGUGAUUUUGCUGUUGUACCUGUAUGUUCAUGUUUUAGCAGGUUUCUAUAAUGUAAGGCUAUGACCAUUUGUAUACUUAAUUAUUGAAGUAGUGGUAAAAAUCUGUGUAUAAAAGACAGAGGGAAUUCUCUAAUAUUCACCAGUCUUCAAGAUUUCAUCCCAGGACAAGAAGCUCAGUUCAACAGAAAUACUACCAAAAAUAAAAUGUCGUACCGUACAAUUGCUUCAACUGAUUCAGAGAAUGAACAUUUUAGCGAAUCAAUUGAUAUAAGACCGUCUUUUUCAAAAACAAAACCUGGAUCAAAACGUUCUGCAGAAAAAACAAGUGUUAAAAAACCUAUGAAAAAGAAGCAGAAUAAAAUGAAUGCAUCAUACAGAGAUAAUAUCAGCGAACGCUUGAGAUCAGAAGAUUUUGAUGUUGAAGUAUUUAAUUCGCUAACAUUCAGACAAGGAGAUGGCGUUGUGACAAUAAAGACGCCUUUUGAAGAAAAAGGAAAGGAUCUUUGGGUGCUAAGUCAUUAUAAGGUUACUAACAUCGAGAAUGUACCAGUAAAGGACAGAUGGAAGUUCAGUGAAGCUACUGUUAGAUUGUACACGACCGACGAAUCAAAAGAUCAAACACUUCAUACUGGUCUUAAUGAGACAAUGCAAAUUAUAUUUGAUAAAUUACUAACCGAUCCAAAGCGUCAAACUAUUAAAAGCAAGACGGUUGUUUGAUUAUUAUACGGAAAAAUGAGUUUCAUUUAAUAAAACAAAAUAUUAUUAUACA